ACUGUUACAGAACGAUCAAUUGCCAACGGAACUCUAAGCGAGAAACAUGGAACCCAGUGAUACAGUUUAUUCUGCUGUUAGCAUCAAAAGAGAGCCCAUUGAUGAGUGGCCUACUGAAAAUGAUGGUGGUAAUAUAAUUGACUCGGCGCCCAAUGACAAAAAUCAACUCUUCGGAUUUCCGCCAAACGAUUCAGUGCUUCAAGAAUGUCACGAAAAUUGCGAAAAUAAAUUUGACGAAUUGUCUAUUGAAUUCGAGUGUAAAGAUGUAAAGCUCAUUAGUGAUUUAAUAGUAAAUAAGAAAACUGACGAUUAUUCUCAAUAUCCCUCGCAGAAUAUAAAAUAUAGCUACGAUUGCAAUAUUGAAAACAGAAUUAAAGUAGAAACCGUGGACAGCGUGAAAAAAGAGAUGGAUUUGAAUUUCGAUUGUGAACUCGGCGAGCAAAGAGGUAAUCUCAAAACUAACAUCAGUGCGAUGCACAUUCGUACCCAAAAUCCAUGCAGUACACGUGAUAAGACACUUUUACGAAAAGAUCAUCUUAAGAGCCACAUCAAUCUCAAACAACAUGUUGAUACGGUGCACAAAAGUGUCAGACAUACGUGCAAUACAUGCGGAAACACAUUCACACAAAAAUUUCGUCUUAAAAAACACAUCGAUUCCGUGCACAAUGGUGUCAAACAUGCAUGUGACAUUUGUGGCAAGAAAUUUUCACAGAAAGAGUAUCUCAAAAUCCACAUCGAUUCUGUGCACAAUGGGGUCACUCAUUCAUGUGGUAAAUGCGGCAAGUCAUUUACUCAAAAAAGUAGUCUUCAAACCCAUAUCGAUUCUGUGCACAAUGGGACUAAACAUACGUGCAGUACAUGUGGAAAGACAUUUAAUCAUAAAAGUAGUCUUCAAACCCAUAUCGAUUCUGUGCACAAUGGGACUAAACAUACGUGCAGUACAUGUGGAAAGACAUUUAAUCAUAAAAGUAGUCUUCAAACCCAUAUCAAAUCGAUGCACAAUGGUGUCAAACAUGCAUGUGACAUUUGUGGCAAGAAAUUUUCACGGAAAGAGUAUCUCAAAAUUCACAUUCACACGCACAACGGGAUUACUUACUCGUGUGAUAUUUGCGAGAAAAAACUAUCAAGUAAAAGUAAUCUCACUCGUCACCUCCAUUUGAGGCACGAUGAUGUCAAAUAUACGUGUGGUAUGUGCCAAAAGACAUUCUCAUUCAAGAGUAAUCUUAGAAAGCACAUCGAUUCGGUGCACAAUCGAGUCCGACAUGCAUGUGACAUAUGCCAAAAGACAUUCACGCAAAAGGGUCAUCUCAGAGUCCAUAUCGAUUCGAUACACAAUGGUAUCACCCGCGCAUGUGAUUUAUGUGGUAAAAAAUUUAAACGUCCAUCUGGUCUCCAUAAGCAUGUCAAAUCGUCGCAUGAUGGUAUCACCCAUUCAUGCAAGACAUGCGGAAAAACGUUCGGACAAAGAGCAAAUCUCAAAGCUCACAUCGAUAUGGCGCACCGCUCUGCACGCGUUGACAAAUAAAUGUAUGAUUUUAUGUUCCAUUAAAGUUUUUAAGUUUAAAAUAUUACUUAUAAGCUCAACUUAUAAACUAAAAUUGAUAGGUUUAAAAUACUUAUAGAAAUAUUUUCAUUUAUUGUGACAUAUUAAAUGAUUCCUGUGUAAUUAUCUCUCAAUGAAAACAUAAAGACAACUUCAAAGUUUGAA